AUGUGUCUAAUCCUAAUAAUUUUUAAAUUUUGUAGAACAAAUGAAUCAGCUAUCUGUGAAGGUCGUGGAGUGUGCAACUGUGGUCGUUGUGAAUGCAACCCUCGUCAGAACCCCGAAGAACAGAUUUCUGGGGAAUUCUGUGAAUGCGAUAACUUUAACUGCCCUCGACAUGACCGCAAAAUAUGUGCAGAACACGGAGAGUGCAAUUGUGGGCAGUGCAUAUGCGCUCCUGGAUGGACAGGACGUGCUUGCGAAUGCCCCAUCAGUCAAGAAUCUUGCAUGAGCGCUAAUGGGAAAAUCUGCAACGGUAAAGGAGAAUGUAUUUGUGGUCGAUGCCGAUGCUUUGAUGGUCCGGAUGGUAAUAGAUAUUCCGGAGCAAAGUGCGAGAUUUGCCCUACUUGCCCUACAAAAUGUAUUGAGUACAAGCCAUGUGUUAUGUGCCAGCAAUGGGGAACUGGUCCAUAUGACGAGGAACGAUGCGCAGAGUGCCCCUUCAAAGUAAUUCCCGUAGAAGAGUUACCAGAGUUGAACGAGACAACAGCCUGCCAGUAUGUUGAUCCAGCUGAUGACUGUACUUUUUAUUAUCUUUACUACUACGAUGAAGCUACUGACAAUGCUACAGUUUGGGUUCGUGAACAUAAGGAUUGUCCUCCUCCUGUCCCUGUGCUAGCAAUAGUGUUAGGAGUGAUUGCUGGCAUAGUAAUUCUCGGUAUCAUUCUUCUCCUUGUCUGGAAGCUACUUACAGUCCUUCAUGAUCGAGCAGAAUAUGCCAAAUUCAAUAACGAACGGCUUAUGGCAAAGUGGGAUACGAAUGAAAAUCCCAUCUACAAGCAGGCCACCACCACGUUCAGAAACCCAGUUUAUGCUGGGGCCAAAAACAAAGGAUUAUAA